AUUGUCAAAUCGUAAUUGAUGUUGUUAUAGUAUUGUUGCGUUAUUUAUCUCGACAUAAUAAAGCGUACGUCUAUCGACGUUGGAAGUACUGUGCAAAGUGUUGUACCUACGAUUUUGUGAUAAUCGUAAUUAAUUCGUUUUAUGUUUUUGCAAAUAAGCGUUGUAGAAUACUGCUAGAAAACAACAAAAGAACGGAUGAAGAGAGGAGAGGGAAGCUCGGAGAGGCAUCGAGCGUUGGCGGAGCAACCUACAGAAUCAACGUAGCAUUACAAUUCUGCUGUUGCGCAUCGUAUUGGACCCAUACUGCAGUACAAAUCUUCAAGGUAUCUCCAAGGGGGAACCUAAAGAUAUCCAGAAGACGACCUACAUCCUAAUAAAGAUGUCUCAAGAUAUCCUCAAGAAGACUUAGAUAAAAUGCAAAGCCAAGAAAGUGCUCUAUGGAGCGUGUCACAUAUGUCUUAGUGUCGAGACACUAUUAUAUACUCUGACUAAAGAAAAUUGCAACAGUUUCUAACAGGCGUUGCUUUGAAUAACAACCAGUGAUUAUUCGUAAUCAUUUUCUUGUCAGAGUCAAGCGAUUAAUCGAGGAUGUCCGAAGUUAUGUCCGAGCACGAGCGACUGUACACUCCGAGUGAAUGGAGCAAACGAUAUAAAUCUGAAGAGCUGCUCGCACGAUUCUUUAAAUUCUGUGAGGAAGUUACGGAAAAGACUCGGAAAACUGUUAAAUGUGAACUUAAUGUACCGUACGGUCCUACAGAGCGCGCAAAGUAUGACAUAUAUGGCAUCGAUUUACCGAAAGAUGCGCCGAUAUUUGUAUUUAUCCAUGGCGGAUAUUGGCAGGAAUUCAGCAAGGAUCUCUCUGGCUUCUCGGUACCUUUGUUUGUUAAAAAUAAGAUCAAAGUAAUAACAGUUGGAUACGAUUUGUGUCCGAAUGUCAGAAUUGGAGAUAUAGUAGCAGAAAUAAAAUCAGCGGUCGCACAGAUAUUAAAAUAUGCAGCUGAUUCAGGCUCUAAAUAUGUGUGCAUCGCUGGACAUAGUGCUGGAGCACAUUUGGCUGCAUGUUUAUUACACGAUGGCGAUUGGAUCAAUCGCAUGACACAGCAAGGAUAUUUUACACUAUUAAAGGAAAUCAUACUGAUAAGCGGCAUUUAUAAUUUAAAACCUAUAACCAAUAUCAGUUUUGCAGUUGCCCUUAAAUUGACCGACGAAGAAAUUAAGGCAUUCAGUAUUUCUACCUUUGACAAAGCAAAAGGCCAUCGUAUCACUAACUUGAAAGUUAUCGUAAUCGUAGGCGAUUGCGAUUCCCCAGCAUUUGUGGAUGAAUCGCGUGAAUACGCCCAGAAACUUAUUUCUAUUGUGGAUAAUGUGGAAUACCUUUUACUUCAAGACAUCGACCACUUUGAUAUAGUGGAGAAACUUCUAGAUCCAAACUAUCAUCUUGCUAAGUUGAUAUUGAAGUGUCUCCAACCAGAUGCGAUCCUUUGUUAGAUGAAUAUGAUCUGUCAUAACUUUGGAUUCCCUUGGACCUUUCACUUUGGCCUCUGCUAGAUCCUCUA